GUCUUUUCUUCAGCUCUGCUGCUGAGUCAUUGUGUGACCCCAGCAGGUCCCCACCCUGUCUUUACUUUUCUGACCUGUUCAAAGUAGGAGCUGGAUUAAACUAGUGGGUCUGCCAGCCAAGUGUUUGGAGAAUCAGAUGAGAAUAAACCAGACAUUGCUGGUUUCUGCUGUACUUUUGCUGCAGGGACCAUGAUUGAGAAUUGAGUGGGAGGGUCAGAUUGAACAUUGAGUCUUAGGUAUUGCAUGUACCUUUGACAAGACCUUGGUAACGCCCCCUCCCCCAUUCCCUACCCCUCCAAAAGGUAAUCUUAGGCAUUGCAGGUACCUUGGCAACGGGCCCCCCGCCAUUCCCUAUCCCUCCAAAAGGUAAUUUAGGAAGCUGCUGGAAAUAGGGGAAUGGGACAGGCAGUUGGAACCAUAUGUAUGGGGAGAGUCCCUGAGUGAAGUGGGAAUGGGACGAGCCUGGGACCCUCAGAGACGUCAAGUUCCCCAGUGUGAUCACAGGUGUGUCUUAGGCCAGGGCAUCAGCUCCCAGUAGGGCAGAGGGAUGCGAGGAGGCCUCAUGGCUCAGCGGAAAGAAACCUGGUUAGGAUCCAGCUUUCAGUCCUGAAUCCUGGGCUGUCGGCCAGGCCAUGGCUGUAGCUGCAAAUAGGCAAGGCUGACCUAAGGUCUCGUAGGACAAAGGGCACCCUGGGAGAGCUAGCCCCAGGCCCCAGGGGCCUCCUCUUCUUAGGGAUCCUGGGAGCUCUGCUGACCAAGGGGUUAGGGGCUCACCUCCUAUGCCAUCACCCAGCUACCUCAUCAUGGUAGCCUUGGUCUCUGAACACUAAUGGGUAAGCCCCAGAGCCACGAGCCAGUGACCUCUGAAUGGAUGGCUUCCCCUUCCCUCAGGCACCAGGCAAGACAGGUAGAGGUCCCUGGAGACCUGAUGGCUGGGGAGGGCCCAGUCCUGGGCCAGCCCCCGAGGGCUGGAUUCUGGCUGCAGGCUCUCCACUCAGUCCAUCAACUCCCGCCUCCAGAGUCCAAGGGUUUAUGUGGUGGGCAGUUUGAGCUGGCUGGAUACUAGAGGGAGGCUGCACCUGAAACAGUUGGUGGGUGAGCAGCAUGGGCUUUGAGGAGCUGCUGGAGCAGGUGGGCGGCUUUGGGCCCUUCCAACUGAGGAAUGUGGCACUGCUGGCCCUGCCCCGAGUGCUGCUACCACUACACUUCCUCCUGCCCAUCUUCCUGGCUGCUGUGCCUGCCCACCGAUGUGCCCUGCCGGGUGCCCCUGCCAACUUCAGCCAUCAGGAUGCGUGGCUGGAGGCCCACCUUCCCCGGGAGCCCGAUGGCAUGCUUAGCUCCUGCCUCCACUUUGCCUACCCCCAGGCUCUCCCCAACACCACGUUGGGGGAAGAAAGGCAGAGCCGUGGGGAGCUGGAGGAUGAACCUGCCACAGUGCCCUGCUCUCAGGGCUGGGAGUACGACCGCUCAGAGUUCUCCUCUACCAUUGCAACUGAGUCCCAGUGGGAUCUGGUGUGUGAGCAGAAAGGUCUGAACAGAGCUGCAUCCACUUUCUUCUUCGCCGGUGUGCUGGUGGGGGCUGUGGCCUUUGGAUAUCUGUCCGACAGGUUUGGGCGGAGGCGUCUGCUGCUGGUAGCCUACGUGAGUACCCUGGUGCUGGGCCUGGCAUCUGCAGCCUCCGUCAGCUAUGUAAUGUUCGCCAUCACCCGCACCCUCACUGGCUCAGCCCUGGCUGGUUUUACCAUCAUCGUGAUGCCACUGGAGUUGGAGUGGCUGGACGUGGAGCACCGCACUGUGGCCGGAGUCCUGAGCAGCACCUUCUGGACAGGAGGCGUGAUGCUGCUGGCACUGGUUGGGUACCUGAUACGGGACUGGCGAUGGCUUCUGCUAGCUGUCACUCUGCCUUGUGCCCCAGGCAUCCUCAGCCUCUGGUGGGUGCCUGAGUCUGCACGCUGGCUUCUGACACAAGGCCAUGUGAAAGAGGCCCACAGGUACUUGCUCCACUGUGCCAGGCUCAAUGGGCGGCCAGUGUGUGAGGACAGCUUCAGCCAGGAGGCUGUGAGCAAAGUGGCCGCCGGGGAACGGGUGGUCCGAAGACCUUCAUACCUAGACCUGUUCCGAACGCCACGGCUCCGACACAUCUCACUGUGCUGCGUGGUGGUGUGGUUCGGAGUGAACUUCUCCUAUUAUGGCCUGAGUCUGGAUGUGUCGGGGCUGGGGCUGAACGUGUACCAGACGCAGCUGUUGUUCGGGGCCGUGGAACUGCCCUCCAAGCUGCUGGUCUACUUGUCAGUGCGCUAUGCAGGACGCCGCCUCACGCAAGCCGGGACACUGCUGGGCACGGCCCUGGCGUUCGGCACUAGACUGCUAGUGUCCUCCGACAUGAAGUCCUGGAGCACCGUCCUGGCAGUGAUGGGGAAAGCUUUUUCUGAAGCUGCCUUCACCACUACCUACCUGUUCACUUCAGAGUUGUACCCUACGGUGCUCAGACAGACAGGGAUGGGGCUGACUGCACUGAUGGGCCGGCUGGGGGGCUCUUUGGCCCCACUGGCGGCCUUGCUGGAUGGAGUGUGGCUGUCACUGCCCAAGCUUACUUAUGGGGGGAUCGCCCUGCUGGCUGCCGGCACCGCCCUCCUGCUGCCAGAGACGAGGCAGGAACAGCUGCCAGAGACCAUCCAGGACGUGGAGAGAAAGAGUGCCCCAACCAGUCUUCAGGAGGAAGAGAUGCCCAUGAAGCAGGUCCAGAACUAAAUGGGAGUGGAGGCAGGCCCUCCACAGAAGCUCUGCAGCGGGGGCUGGGAGAGCAGAAGGGCAGGCCCUGCAACUCAGGCUGGGAGUAUCGAACCCUCUGCCUAGGGCCGGAGUUGCCGCCAGUACCCGCUCCCUGUGCUCAUCCAUCCUUGAUUAUUUGGCUUCUAGGAACAGUUGACUUCCCAGAAUGCAGUGGGCUGCUGGGCACCCCUCUCACGGCUGGGGAGGAUUCUGUAAAUAAAGGUGCCCCUUGGGUUGGGGCAGUGGUGAAGAGCUAUGGGAAGAGCCCUGGAUAGGAAGCCACUGAGUCUGCCCUGGGCUCUGAUAAAACCUUCACCAUUAACUUGCUGUGUGACCUUGGGCAUGUGGCUUUCCCUCUCUGGGCUUCAGUCUGUUCAUCUCCCAAAUGGAUAAUGAAGCCUCUUGGGAGGCCCUACCAUAGGAUCUGUUGCCAUGCUCAAAUGAAUUACUGAAUAAGGUGCUUCUGCUUCUUCUAGAGAUGGUGCUAAAGAAAGGACUAGCAUAUGAGACUUCUGGUACCAAUGGGGCUGGUGGGCAUGCUGUCCACUGUGUGGUGCUAGGACUGCCAAUGCCAGGCCCAAGGGACAAAAAGAACAGAGCUUUUUGUUCUCAUGGCUGGCCCUGCUACCUCCGAGGCACCCUGCAGGGCAAUGCAUGUCAUCCCAACCCCCACACUCCCCAUCCUCCAACCCACUGGUCUCAUGCCCAAAGAAGAGUUGAAGGCAUGGGAGCCAACAUUUUAUUGAAGAAGCCAGAGAGGCUGAAAUUCAAUAAACACAAGUUUUAUGAGUA